GGCAGCCCUACCAGCCGCAGUCAGCUGGAGCUGCCGCCGCAGCCGGCGUUCCCGGGGCCGUCGCAGGGAGCAGAGCUUGGUUCUUUCGCGCCUGUGCUUUCGCCGGCCCCGGCCUGCUCCUCGCCGCGUCGGUCCGCCAGCCCGGUCCGGCUGACUACCCCGUCCUCCAGUUCCGAACCGAGGCUCCACGGCCACCGCAGGGACCCUUUCCACCAGACCCUGCCCGACCGCCUGUUGGACCUUGCCGUUGAUGACACCUGGCAGAAGGCUACCAUGGACGGGGAUGGUUCAGAUUCGCUGGUUACCAUUAAGAAUAUUGAAAAAGAGCUCAUUUGUCCAGCCUGCAAGGAGCUGUUUACCCACCCAUUGAUUCUCCCUUGUCAACAUAGUGUCUGUCAUAAAUGUGUAAAAGAACUCUUAUUGACUCUUGAUGAUUCAUUCAAUGAUGUGGGAUCAGACAACUCCAAUCACAGCAGUCCUCGCCUUCGUCUCCCCUCCCCUAGCAUGGAUAAAAUUGACAGAAUCAACAGACCAGCAUCACAACGGAGAUCUUUGGGGUGGAGAGGCCAUAAGAAGAUACUAAAUGGCUGGAAGCGCAAUUCAUUGACCCCUAGGACAACUACUUUUCCUUGCCCUGGCUGUGAGCAUGAUGUGGAUCUUGGAGAACGAGGAAUCAACGGUCUGUUUCGUAAUUUCACCUUGGAAACUAUUGUGGAAAGAUAUCGGCAGGCAGCUAGGGCAGCUACAGCCAUUAUGUGUGACCUUUGUAAACCACCACCUCAAGAAUCCACAAAAAGUUGCAUGGACUGUAGUGCAAGCUACUGCAAUGAAUGUUUCAAAAUUUAUCAUCCUUGGGGUACUGUAAAAGCUCAGCAUGAAUAUGUGGGCCCAACCACUAAUUUUAGACCCAAGAUUUUAAUGUGCCCAGAACAUGAAACGGAGAGAAUAAACAUGUACUGUGAAUUAUGUAAGAGGCCUGUUUGUCAUCUCUGUAAGCUGGGUGGUAAUCAUUCUAAUCAUCGUGUAACCACCAUGAGCAGUGCGUACAAAACCUUAAAGGAAAAACUUUCAAAGGAUAUUAACUACCUUAUUGGUAAGGAAAGCCAGGUGAAGAGUCAAAUUUCUGAACUAAACUUGUUAAUAAAAGAAACAGAGUGCAAUGGAGAGAGGGCUAAAGAAGAAGCAAUUAUACAUUUUGAAAAGCUUUUUGAAGUUCUGGAAGAGAGGAAAUCAUCUGUUUUGAAAGCAAUUGAUGCCUCUAAGAAACUAAGAUUAGACAAAUUUCAGACCCAAAUGGAAGAAUAUCAGGGUCUUUUAGAGAAUAAUGGGCUUGUGGGAUAUGCACAAGAAGUACUUAAGGAGAUGGAUCAGUCUUGCUUUGUGCAGACAGCAAAACAACUCCACCUCAGAAUACAGAAAGCUACGGAAUCUUUGAAGAGCUUUAGACCUGCAGCUCAGACUUCUUUUGAAGACUAUGUUGUUAAUACAUCUAAGCAAACAGAACUUCUUGGAGAAUUGUCCUUUUUCUCUAGUGGCAUAGAUGUGCCAGAGAUCAAUGAGGAACAGAGCAAAGUUUAUAACAAUGCCUUGAUAAAUUGGCAUCUUCCAGAAAAGAAGGAUAAAGCUGAUAGCUAUGUACUUGAAUAUCGGAAGAUUAAUAGAGAUGAAGAAAUGCUGUCUUGGAAUGAGAUUGAAGUGUAUGGCACAAGUAGAGUUGUCUGUGAUUUAGAAAAUAAUUCUAACUAUGCCUUCAGAGUAAGAGCUUAUAAAGGUUCUAUCUGUAGUCCUUGCAGCAGAGAAUUGAUUCUUCAUACUCCUCCAGCUUCAGUUUUCAGCUUUCUCUUUGAUGAAAAAUGUGGCUAUAAUAAUGAGCACCUCUUGCUGAACUUGAAGAGAGACCGUGUAGAGAGUAGAGCUGGAUUUAAUCUCCUCCUUAAUUCAGAACGUGUCCAAGUGGGUUCUUACACAAGUUUAGAUUACAUCAUUGGAGAUGUUGGAAUUACAAAAGGGAAACACUUCUGGGCCUUCCAUGUGGAACCAUAUUCAUACCUGGUAAAGGCAGGAGUUGCUUCCAGUGAUAAGCUACAAGAAUGGCUCCGUUCUCCCCGGGAUGCAGUUAGUCCAAGAUAUGAGCAAGACAGUGGGCAUGACAGCGGAAGUGAAGAUGCCUGUUUUGAUUCUUCACAACCUUUUACAUUAGUUACUAUAGGCAUGAAGAAAUUUUUUAUACCCAAGUCACCUACUUCUUCUAAUGAACCUGAGAAUCGAGUCCUUCCCAUGCCAACAAGUAUAGGGAUUUUUCUUGACUACGAUAAAGGCAAAGUUGGUUUCUAUGACAUGGAUCACAUGAAAUGCCUUUAUGAGCGCCAGGUGGACUGUUCACAUACAAUGUAUCCAGCAUUUGCAUUAAUGGGCAGUGGAGGAAUUCAACUUGAAGAACCCAUCACAGCAAAGUAUCUGGAAUACCAAGAAGAUAUGUAGUAUAAACAUCUGGUGUGACACAGAAUGAAAAAUGUGAAAAACAAUGCCUUUGUGUUAACCUUCAUAACCAAUUACAUAUCAUCUAAGUAUUCUGUCACCACACUUACUUUUUGUGUAUGUUUUUUCUUAAAAUCCGGAAAACCCAUAUAACCUUGCUUCUUCCGUCAUUGUUCUGCCUUUCACAAAUGAUAGGAGUAAAGACACUGUUUCUUAGGUGACACUGAAAUGGUUAUUAACUUUGCAACUGGAUUGUCUCUUUAUGAACUGGAAAUCUAAUUUAUUUAUGUCAGUUGGUAUUGCUGAAAUAUACAACCCUUUUUUUGGCAGGGGGGCAUACAAAAGUAUUUAUUAUAUUAUGCUUCUUUUGCUUUGGUUUUUCAUUUUUAUAUCAUGUUUAUGUUCUAAGAGAGAACAUAUUUUAAACAUACCUUCUGGAUAGAAAUUAGCACAAAUCUGUUGUGCAUUUGUUUUAAAUACAAAAAAAGUUAUAGAUAAAAAUGGUGGUAUAUUUAAAGGGAAAAUUAGGUAUUUAAGGUGUGUAACACUGCUAAGAGUAGAUUACUGGAAGAUGAAUUUUGCUGUUUUUUUUUAAGACCACAGACUGUAUUAAGGAUAUUUUAAAGAGUUGCCUUUGCUGUAACACUAUACCGGCAUGUGUAGUAAACAUGGUUCCUUGCAGGAAACAAUUAAAAUUCUUAGUGAAGACAUGAAGCUUUUCACUUCAUAUAAUUUUUUUUUCAGAAAAAUUUGUCUUCAAUUUUUCUUAGUUACUCUGUGAAAAUAUUUGAGCUUUUAUCAAAUGAUUUUUCAGAAAUACUAGUGCAAAUACACUGAUACUGAAAUCACAUUUGUUCAUUUGCUCUCUUUUUGUGUCUUGUGAUUCUCAUUUUUUAGCACAAUUAUUACAUAUCAGAUUAUCCUGGUUUAUAUUUACAUGUUCUAAAAAGUUUGAUAUAUUUUAGUAGCAUUAAAUAUAUUAUAAAAUAUGGAGUAACCGAUUGUUCAAUUGAAUGGCAUUUUCUGUGACUCAUUGUUGGUAACCAUUUAUAAUGCAGGCAAGUAAAAAUUCACAUUUAAUUGUUUAGGAAAAAUAACUAAAAUCAUAAUUAUAUGCACCCUUUUAAAAUUUAAAAGUUCUUUUGAUUUGUAGGACUACAUUUUAUCUAAAUUUUAUCUUUAUUUUUGAAAGAAGUUCUUCCUUAGGUUGUUUUGAUUUAAAGUAAUUUUUUUUUAAAGUGAAAAUGCUCAGAAACUAUUAUUCAUUUCCUUAACACUAAUCAUUAUUGGAAUGCUUUUGGUAUAAUUUAAUAGAGUGACAGAAACUUUUAAGACCUCAUUUUUUUGUUGUUGCUUGUUGCUGCUGCUGUUGUUUUAAUAGAAAUUCAUUAUUCGGGCUGAUAGCACAAAAUUGUUUUUUCCCCCUAGCCAAAAUAGGAAAUAUUAUGAGAAUUUCAGUGUUCAUUACUUUGUUACUUUCCCAUCUAUGACUAGCACUUUAUGACAUAGGCUAAACUAAGCAAAUAUGCAGUGUUAUGUGGAUCAUUGUGCAAGGAAGCUGCUAAAGUCAUGUGUGUGGUAAAGUUUGAUACUCUCAAGCCUCGUGUAAGUACAUAUCAUGUAGACAUGUUAAAAUAUAAAGCUUUAACACAGUAAGAAAGCUGUUUAAAGCAUUGUAUAGUUGUACAUAAAUUGUUCACCUGAAUUUCUUUUAUUUUAAAUA